CACGUUUUUGUAUCUGAGGUUUCUGCUGGUGUGGGCUCUGGUUCUGAUGGCAGACUUUAUCUUGGAGUUUAGGUUCGAGUACUUGUGGCCUUUUUGGUUGCUGAUCAGGAGUGUCUACGAUUCGUUCAAAUAUCAAGGAUUGGCAUUUUCUGUGUUCUUCGUCUGCAUUGCGAUUACGUCGGAUGUCAUCUGCUAUCUGUUUAUACCAGUACAGUGGCUGUUCUUUGCCGCUAGUACUUAUGUGUGGGUGCAGUAUGUAUGGCACACUGAGAGAGGCAUAUGUCUUCCCACGGUUUCACUCUGGUUGCUGUUUGUGUAUAUCGAGGCAUCAAUUCGACUGCGGGAGCUUAAGAGUUUGCCAUUCAAUUUAGACCUUUGUAGACCUUUUGCCUGUCACUGUAUUGGGUAUCCAGUUGUAACUUUGGGUUUUGGUUUUAAAAGUUACAUUUCCUACAGAAUGAGAUUGCGUCGACAAAAAGUUAUACAGAAAGAAAACGACUUCUACCUACAGAUUUUACAACAGGCAUUACCUGCAGAGAUACAGUAUGCCGAUAGUAAACCAAAAGCUUUACCGUCAAAGUCGGAAGAGGAUGUAAUCUCCAACGGCAUAACAAGUCCGGCAAACAAAAAGGUUUCAUCAAAAUUAGACGAGGAGAAAGACAAUUCUUCCAGUGCAGGGAAAACAAAGUCUUCGAAAACUGGUGAUAUAAAUGAAGACGAUGAAGUGGAAUUUAUAGAAAAGAGCUUGCCUAGGAAAACAUCUAAUGUUAAUCAAUUCGACGAGAGCACUGACAAUUAUGUAAACGAGCAGCAAACAACUAAAGGUUGCAAGGUCGGAAACAGCAACGUUACAUCGGCAUUUACUCAGCUAGCAGUCCCGUCUGCCCCAGCGCCCUCCAGCAAACCUAACAGCAAACAGACAAACAAUUCGAAGGACAGUGGUAGUUCAAAUGCUUCUUUAAAUUCAUCUUUGACACAUUCAUCGUCUUCAUCGUCAUCGAAAAAGGGGAAAAAUAUGUACAGAGAAAUACAGCCAUCACCCUCAUCUGUAUCAUACGCAAAUAAUAAAGAUGAAGUCAUUCAGAGGUUAGAAACAGAUAUAAAAAAAUUAAAAGCAGAUCUGCAAGCCAGUCGUAACAGUGAGCAUGAGUUAAAGUCACAGGUCAGCAUUUCUUCAGCUGAGGAGAAAGCCAUGCAUUCAGAGUUGCUCCAGCUUCAACAGGACAAUGAGAACCUUCAAAAUAAAUUACAUAACUUGGUCACAUCACGGCAGCAAGACAAACAAACACUGGUUUCCUUGGAGAAGAAGCUGACAGAGGAGCGCAAGCUGCGGACGUCCCUGGAGCUGCAGAUAGCCAAUGAAAAGAAAAAUAAAUGUUUAGAAACAGCUCGUGCAGUUGCCAUGGCAGCAGCAGCCAGAGGUGAGUGUACAGAUGCUUGCAAAGCCAGACGUAGGGAUUUUGACAAUGAGUUGAAGCAGGUUCGUCGGGAAAACAAAAUGUGGGAGGAACAAUACAGACAGUUGGAGCGAGAAGUACAGUCACUGAGACAGUACAAAGAUGCCCAGAAAGAAACAGAAGUGCUGAUGAAGGCUUUGUCUAACAUGCAAGAUAAGAAUGUAGAACUAGAAAAUAACCUGUGUGCUGAGACCCGGUUUAAACAAGAUCUCUUCUCAGCCCUCGGCAAGGAGAGAAAUGAAAUAAAAAUUUUACAGAUUACUGUUGCUGAAAAAGACAAUGAGAUUGUGGAGCUGAAGUCCAAGAUUGCUGAAGUCAUGGCCUUGAUCCCUAGCCCUGCAGUGACCUCCUACUCUCAUCACACAAACGAACGCAACUCAUCCCCACUCUUCUCCUCCAGUUUCAGCCCAGCUCAUGACCGGAAUGCCAGCAUGCAGGUUUUUAACAGCCCCGACUUGGCAUCCACAUCAGAGUUAAACCCCAACGCAUCAGACUACACCCCCAAGUCACCGAUAUAA